AUGCGGAGUCGACGCUCUUCGAGAGAUUCGAGACCCUCCAUCACUGCAGACGACGGUGAAGAUAGCGAGGCCUCGCCGGUGGAAGGGAACGAGGAAUGUCAAUUUUCCUCUGCUUUGAAUAUCCAGGACCGAGGCGAAGAGAUAAAGACAGCACAUAAUUCCCCUACAAAACCUCUCUGGAUUCCGCCGCGGGACCGAGACCGAGAGCCUUUAGACGCGACACCAACACCGACAAAGGAAGGGAUGGAGGACACACGGGGCUACAAAUCUUCACGAGUACGGUCGGCAUGGUUAUGCUCGUUAUCAACACUAACUGUUAUCCUUUUCUCGGCCUUCCUCCUCUGGGUCAGCAUAACAUCCUUUACGGACCUUCAAUGCGACUCUAAAGGUUGCCGGAUGCCACGCAUGUCCCCUGUUUACAUCCGGGAGAAGGAUUUCGACACGGAACAUACUAGAUUUGCCAGCAAAUAUAGCCUCUAUCUAUACCGGGAGCAUAAUGUAGAUAUCGAUUAUCCGCCCAAGGGCGUGCCAGUACUUUUUAUCCCGGGAAACGCUGGUAGCUACAAGCAAGUACGGCCGAUAGCUGCCGAGGCUGCGCGCACUUUCAAAGAAGCAGCAGCUAAAGACGAAAACCUAAUGAAACUUGGACAACGUGGUCUCGAUUUCUUCACGGUGGAUUUUAAUGAAGAUAUAACCGCAUUCCAUGGCCAGACAAUGCUCGACCAGGCCGAAUAUUUGAAUGAGGCUGUUGCAUACAUUCUUUCUCUCUAUCACGACUCCAGAAAGGCCACAAUGGAUUCGGAUCUUCCAGAUCCAAGUUCUGUGAUAGUUUUUGGCCAUUCGAUGGGGGGGAUAGUCGCACGUACCAUGUUAAUCAUGCCAAAUUACCAAUCAAACUCCAUCAAUACUAUUAUCACCAUGUCAGCACCUCAUGCUCGGCCGCCAGUAUCUUUCGAUAAACAGAUAGUGCAGACGUACGAUGAUAUAAACAACUAUUGGCGGAGAUCUUUCUCGGAAAAAUGGGCAAAUAAUAACCCAUUAUGGCAUGUUACUCUGGUUUCUAUUGCUGGUGGGGGUUUGGACAAUGUUGUGCCUUCGGAUUACGCCAGUAUUUCAUCAUUAGUUCCGGACACACAUGGAUUUACGGUUUUUACAUCUUCAAUGCCAAAUGUUUGGGUUGGGGUAGAUCAUUUAGCAAUUCUCUGGUGCGAUCAGCUCAUGAAAGUUGUUGCCCGGUCUAUGCUAGAUAUCAUCGAUGUGAAAAGACCUGGGCAGACGAAGCCUCGAGCAGAAAGGAUGCGUUUAUUCAAGAAAUGGUAUCUUACUGGCAUGGAACCUGUUGCCGAGAAAACACUACCGCGCAAAGAACCUACUACACUAUUGACUCUUGAAGAUAACUCGCACUCGAUCAUUACUCUUGGGCAAAAGCUUGUUUUGAGGCAACUUGGUGAAUCGCAAAAGCCUCGUGCAUACUUGAUGCCUGUGCCACCAUCUCGUGGAGUCGGAACCACAAAAUUUACACUGUUGACAGACCAAAAAUUAGAUGGUGUUCGGGAUUCAAAGCUGGAGGUUUUGUUUUGCAGUGUGUUCCCUCUUCAAGCUGGACAAACGGCAGCAAUAUUCUCUAUGAAUAUGGAUCUGUCUGGAGACAGUUCUGGAUCGACCCGCCUUGCAUGCAAAAAUGCCGCUGAUGAUGUCAUUCAAAUGCCUGCAUCGUACCGAAACUCAAAACACUCAUUUGAUUCAGCCCAGCCAUUUUCAUCUUUGCAAUAUGAUUUUGAGGACCUCGCUGAGCACCAAUUUGUGGCUGUUGUUGACAAGGCUAGUAGAGUAUCACAAGGUUGGGUAAUUGCAGAGUUCGUCGAGAAGAAGGAUGCCAGUAUUCAAUCAAACGUCGGUCUACGUGGGUUGUUAUUGGAUGGGGUUCGAACAACUUUGCCAGCCGAACGUCCAAUUGUGACUGAACUUCAUAUACCUGUAAUGCACAGCAGUCUUCUGACGUAUAAGCUAAAUGUGGGUAUCCAAUCUUGCGGGGAAGACGGCCAGCUUUUUACCCCUCUUGUCCGUCAAUACCUCAUGGAUCCGCAUGAAUCAAAGUAUUUCGUCAAUGUGCACACAGCCGACAUAAGCCUUCACGGGACAGCACCAUUUAUACCGCCGGCUCUCCACCCGAAUAAUAAGAAGGGAUUAUCAUUGCAAUUUUGGACAGACCCAACCUGCAAUUCAACUAUAGAUGUGUCAGUUGAGUUUGAUUUCGUCGGAAGCCUGGGAAAACUUGUCAUGCGGUACAGAACUGUCUUUGCUGCAUUCCCUAUGCUUGUGGUAGCUCUUGUCCUUAGAAUACAAUUUACCGAAUAUAAUAACGGCGGCCGUUUCAUAAGCUUCACCAGAGGCAUAGAAUUACUGAUAAAUAAAACACUACCAUUCGUUAUGAUUUCGUUGUCCCUCCUAGCAGUUUCUCUCGGAUUCGCCAAGGCCGAGCAGGAAAAGCGAAUAUCAUCUCCAUUUUCAUGGCCAAAGUCUGCGGCCGAGCAGUCCUCUCCCACCAUGGAGUUCGAUAAAAAUGAUCUUCUAGUUGGGCUUGCAGAUCCAUUCUUUUGGUUCUUGGCACCAUUAUUUGCCUUAUUGGCUGUUGGCGUGGUUGCUGUUCUAAACUAUGGACUGAUGAUCUUAUUGCAUGUUUUAACAUUCAUAUAUUCAAUAUUCGUUCGAUGGCCCAACUGGGUUAGUAAUGAACGAAGACGCUCAAUAGGUCCGACGUUUUCGUCAAGUAGCCCACGAAGACGGAUCAUGACAACCCUUAUGCUUUUGUUUUUCGUAGCGACCCUUAUUCCUUACCAGUUCGCCUACAUGGUUGCUUGCAUUGUCCAAAUCGCAACUUGCGUCCGUGCAUUGAAAGUUGCAAAAGAAAGCGGAUACUCUGAACGCUCUGGGUCAUCGGCAGAUUUCUCCAACUACACCCAUUCAAUUCUUGUUAUGAUGCUUUGGAUAUUACCUAUAAACCUGCCCGUACUUGUUGUAUGGAUACAUAACCUAGCAGUUCAUUGGCUCACACCAUUUUCAUCCCACCACAAUUUGCUCUCCAUUAUGCCGUUUAUACUGCUUGUGGAAACCCUUACGACCGGAAAUAUGAUCCAAGAAUCCCCAGCCGUAUAA